AUGGCGCCUUCCCAUUCGACCCCGUCUUCUCGCGGCAUUGCAACCCCAAAGUUCCACCGACCAAGUGUUGGUGGCAAGACUGUAUCGAGCGGCAAGGGCGUCGCGAGAGCCUUGGAUGGCAGGGGAUUCGGCGGGAGAGGGCUGGGGAAGACUACCCAUCGACGACAUAAUAAAAUCCUUAAGGAUAACAUUAUGUGCAUAACCAAGGCUGAUAUACGACGCAUGGCACGCCGUGGAGGAAUCAAGCGCAUCUCUGGAGCCAUCUACGAAGAUGUUCGCCAAGUACUGAAAAACUAUCUCGAGAUUAUGCUAAGGGACUGCGUGGCAAUUUGUGAACACUCCAAGAGAAAAACCGUAACUGUGACCGAUGUCAUUUUUGCGCUCAGGCGACGGGGUCGUCCCAUUUAUGGCUUCGACCAAGACACAUUUAAUGCUACUAAGAAGCCAUCCAGGCCAUAG